AACUGAAUUUUCCGCUCGGACAUACCCCGAUGGCCACCGUCCACGCGCGCGCCUCGCUGCGUCGAUACAGCACGGGUCCCGCCUUUCCCCGCGGCUCAAAAAUCUACAAGUCACAAGCACGCCUCCGCAUGGCGCUCCCGUGCCCGCUGAAGAAGACCGCAAGCUCACGCACUUCAAAAUCACGCUCCGCCGGUCCGCAAUUUCUCUCGGGGAGAAGAAGCAGGGGACGCUUGCUGCGCUUGGGCUCAAGCGGCGUCACCAGACCGUCUUCCACCCCCACAAGCCUGACAUUGCGGGGAAAAUCUUGGCUGUGAAAGAGUUGGUCGAGGUCGUGAAUGUGCCCGAGUCCGCGGUCAGGACGAAGGAGGAACAGCGGAACGAGCGGAAAGCACCCAAAGGAUAUGAAGUCGUCGGGACUCGUUUGGGGAGCUUGGAAGGGAUUUAGAGCAGGGAUUCCCUAGCAGUCGCACGGACGUGCGCGCCUUUGAGCGUGGAUGCGUUGCACGGUUCAAACGGUCUCUGAAUGACCAAUGUACAUCACUUCAUCAUGCAU